AUGCGCGCUUUCAUUGUCUUGACUUUGUUGGCUUGCUUCGUGGCCAUGGCAUGGUCGGCUGCCAUUGAACAGGUGGAAGAUGGUGCUGCUGCUGCCGAUUUAUUGGAAGUAGAUGCUGGAGUUCCAAGUGCCGAUGAACACACCAGACAAGCUCGUCAAUUCUUUUUUGGCGGUUUUGGACGUCCCUACGGUGGUUUCUAUGGCCGUCCCUAUGGCGGUUUCUAUGGUCGUCCCUAUGGCGGUUUCUAUGGCCGUCCCUAUUAUGGUGGUGGUUUCUAUCGUCCUUAUGGUGGAUACUAUGGCGGUUUCUACGGCUAA